GGCGACGAGGACAGCGAGGGUAACGGCGGUAACUGAAAGGAGCCUCCUUUAUUCAAAUUCAUUGUAUAUAUAAAAAAAAGUCGGAAUGAGGUACUUCCACAAGCUGAGGAACAAGUUCCACUGCCCAAUCGUCAACCUCGACAAGCUCUGGUCCAUGGUUUUGGGUAAGGGUAUGUUGCCGGAGAACUAACCUGUCGUCGUUAAGGCAAAGCUCGUAUCGAAGAUCGCGGAGAAGAAGAUUAAGGAAGCCGGAGGCGCCGUCGUUCUUACAGCUUAG